GUCAAAUAAAAACUUUUAACUUGUGCAAGUGUUUUUUGUUUAAAUUUAAAUUAAAAAAGAAGAAUUAUUAAACGAUAUUAAUUUACAUAAAUAUUUAUUAUUUAAUAAAAGUAUAACAAUCGAAAAUGACUAUAUUCAACAGCAUUAAAUAUAGCUUAAAGACUUUAGCAUCUUUGAGUACUUUUCAAUAUGCAAAGCGUUCGAAACAUCAUCACGCCCAUGCUUUUAUCAUUGGAUCAGGCACAGCCGCAGCAGUACUUAUAAACCAAGCAAAACGAAAACUCAGUACAUCACAAUUCAUGGCGGAACCAAUAACAGACGCCGACAAUAUCCUCAAGAAUGAAAACGACAUGAGAAUCAAAGUAGAAUUGCUUAUUAUGAAAAUCCAAGCCGAUUUCUGUAAAGCUCUUGAAAACGAAGAAAACUUUGGUCAAAAAUUCAAAGUUGAUAGAUGGCAGCGAGUAGAAGGUGGUGGUGGUAUUACUUGUGUCCUUCAAGAUGGCGAUGUCUUUGAAAAAGCUGGUGUCAAUAUCUCAGUUGUAACGGGGAAGCUUCCUCCUGGUGCUGUUCAACAAAUGAGAUCGAGAGGUAAAAAACUAGGGGAAGGGCACCUACCUUUCUUUGCUGCCGGUGUUAGUGCUGUUAUUCACCCGCGCAACCCUAUGGUUCCCACAAUUCAUUUCAACUAUAGAUAUUUCGAAGUAGAGGAUAGUGAUGGAGAAAAACAAUGGUGGUUUGGAGGAGGAACUGAUUUGACACCAUACUACUUGGACAAAGACGAUGCAGUUCAUUUCCAUCAAACACUGAAAGAUGCAUGUGAUGAACAUAAUUUGGAAUAUUAUCCCAAAUUCAAGAAAUGGUGUGAUGAUUAUUUCCGAGUGACACAUCGCAACGAAUGUCGAGGAAUUGGUGGAAUAUUCUUUGAUGACAUCGACAGUCCCAGUCAGGAGGAAGCAUUCAAAUUUAUCUCAUCUUGUGCUCAUUCUGUCAUUCCAUCUUAUAUGCCUCUUGUUCGAAAACACAAAAAUGAUGCAUAUGGAGAUAGGGAACGUGAAUGGCAACUCCUGCGACGUGGUCGAUAUGUGGAAUUCAAUUUGAUCUACGAUCGCGGUACUAAAUUCGGCCUGUACACACCUGGAGCUCGAUAUGAAAGCAUACUUAUGUCGCUGCCUUUAACAGCGCGUUGGGAAUACAUGCACAACCCAUUACCUGAAACUCGUGAAGGACAACUUGUUGAAAUACUUAAAAAUCCAAAAGAUUGGGUAAAAAUCGAACAGAGAAUUCAACAAACAGCAUAAUCAUCUUGACAUCAAAUUCACCUUUGCCUUAAGUUAAAAAACAACCUAAACCUAUUUUAAUUUUUUUUUUUAUUGUUUGUAAUAAUUGUAAAUACCUUUAAAAGAAUGAGAAGGAAAAAAAAAAAGAAA